AUUACUGUUCGGCAUCUCCUCCGGCCCCCUGCCAGAAGGGGCUUUGCUGGAGAGCCCUGGGAACGAGGGCCUGACCGACUGGGAGCUGGACCGCCUGCUGUGGAGCCGGACGGUGGAGAACGUGGCCACGGUCUCCACCACGCUGACCUCGCUGGCCCAACUGCUGGACAAGAUCAGCAACAUCGUCAUCAAGGACGCCGUGGCCUCGGAGGUCUACCACGCCGUGGAGUCUGCCCGGCAGGCGAUGGCGGAGCUGCACCUGGGUCACCUGGACUCGGCCUUCCAGGCCAGCAAGGCAGCGGCCACUUCGUCCGAGCGGGCCUUCUUCGACCCCUCCCUCCUCCACCUGCUCUACUUUCCCGACGACCAGAAGUUUGCCAUCUACAUCCCGCUGUUCCUCCCCAUGGCUGUCCCCAUCUUGCUCUCGCUGACGAAGAUGGUUUGGGAGAGGAAGCAGCGGCAGAAGGAGCCCACCAAGAUGGACUGAGGGGGGUUCUGCGGGCACCCAGGUGGCUGGAGGACUCUUGGCUGGGCAUCUGCCCUCAGGCUGGUGGGUCCGGCCAGCCUGGCGGACUCCCCGUUGAGGAGAGGAGCGGACGUUUCCACUCGGCUCCCUCUUUAAAAGAGCCCGUCCCUUCCGCUGCGAACGAGCCCAAAAGGACUGCCCUAUUGCUGGCCAGGCUGGGUAGAGAGAGAACUCCGGCUCA